AUGGGCUACAGACGUGUCCGCAUGGAGAUCGACUCCCGAUGCGCUAUCCAGAUACUUCAGGGAGAGGAUAACUCAGACCACCAGCACGCAAUGGUGAUUGACCGGCUUCAUGAGCUGCUUCGGCGUGACUGGGACGUGACAUUUUCCCAUAUCUAUAGAGAGGGGAAUAAGAGUGCUGAUUUUCAUGCCUCUCGAGGCCACCAGAUGGAACUUGGCUUCCACUUUGUACCUAUUACCGAUCCUGCUUUAUGCUUGCAUCUCCUGUAUGACACUCUAGGGAUUUCCGAAUCCCGGCUGGUUUUGACUGAAGGUUAG